AUGCCUCACGCUCCACGCCAGGGAAACCGCAGGCGGUCACCAGGCCCCAGAGCCAAGGCACAACGCCCUAAGCAGGCACCCCCCGCGAACAAACAGCAUGCCAAUCGCAAGCCCGAAGUCGAAAAGGCCGAAGCCAACCCAAACGACGAAGACUCUGGCCCCAAUCUCGUCAGCACCAUCCCUCUCUCGCUCCAGCAACUUCUGCUGGACGUUUUCAAGACCGCCCUCCUCGGCGAGCCGGCCGCAAAAUCGGAGCCUGUGAACGACGAAACGAACACCGCUGAAUCACAAUCGGAAGAAAAGAAGGAGGAGCAGCUAGAUAUCAAAACUCUUAUUCAGACACUCAAAGGGCUUUUGUAUAAUCGUGACUUUGACUCUGCCUUCGCUGAGGCGAAUGAAGAUCUGCUGCGUGCCUAUGCCCUGCGCUGGAGUGCGUCGCGGUCUCUGGGAUAUGCGGGGCUGUUGAAGGGGAUUUUGACUUGGAUGAGAGAAGAGGAGGGAAAUACACGAGGCCGUGCUAAGUCUCAGAACCCUUGUACUCGUGUUGUCUCCAUCGGUGGCGGUGCGGGUGCUGAGAUCGCUGCUCUUGCCGCUGCGUGGAGAGAUAUGACCCCCACCGGGCAGUCGGUCGAGGAACAACUUGGCAAUGUGUCGUUGGAAGAUGCGGGAACGCAAGGUGAGAAGAGCACAGAGGGCGGAGCCCUCAGUGCACCCAGUCUCUCUGUCAUGGCUGUCGAUAUCGGCAAUUGGUCGAACGUCGUUGAUAGGCUUUCACGAACUAUCACCUCGGCCAAUGUGCCGUUCCCUUCUACAACAAAAUACCGUCCGCCGUUGCUGUCAGAGAAGGUUGCCAGCGAGACCUUCUCGGUGGCGUUCCGACGCGCAGAUGUUCUUACCAUUUCCGAAGACGAUCUUAAGGAAGUGCUCGUUGGUCCUUCCUCGUCCCCUUUCACCUCCAUUCUCGUUCCUAUCAUGUUCACACUGAACGAGCUCUUCUCUACCUCCAUGCCAAAGACUACCGGGUUCCUGCUCCGCAUGACGGAAAUGCUUCCUGCCGGCGCGGUGCUUCUGGUUGUGGAUAGUCCUGGCAGCUAUUCGACUUUGAAGUUAGGCAAAGGCCCAGACGGUGAACCACAAGAAAGAAACUACCCAAUGAAGUUCCUGCUCGAUCACACCCUGUUGAACGUGGCGAAGGGCAAGUGGGAGUGCGUAAACACUCAGGACUCGAGAUGGUGGAGACGGGAUGCGCCGCGUCUGCGGUAUGAGAUUGGCGAAGGAGUCAGCUUGGAGGACAUGCGGUUCCAGAUGCAUGUGUACCGGCGGUUGUAG